AUGGAGAAACUCAGCGGUCUGAUACUCAUGGUCUUUGUGGCUUUGCUGGUGUCAGUCCAGUCUCAGGACUCAGCAGCAGAUAACUCCUCCACCACGGUUCCUCCGUCCACUAACCUCCCAGCGAGUGAUGUCACCCCUUCCUCCUCGGCAGCCAAUCUGACGACAACUUCAAAAGUCAAUCAGACCAUGACCACGCCCCAUGGAGGGACCUGGUCUUAUGUCCAGUCCUGGUCCCGGGUCAUGGCUCUGGUUCCUCUGGUUCUUCUGUUCUCUGUGUGA